AUGACUUCAUCCCACCAGAGCUGCGAGAUAGCAUCAUCCGUCUUGACGAGCCGGAUCAUCACGAGCGUGGAGGAUAAUACGUGUGAUGCCAACAUCGGCGAGCCUUUUAUCACUGGCUCGGUCUCCACGGAUAUUAAUGGAGAGCGUCAAGACCCUAACCUUCGUGUGCUGGAUGCGUUGUUCAGCGUUAUCACGAACGGACGGCAGACAUUGAGUGAGGCCACAUCGGCGGAAAAAAGGGCGGGAAAGAUGCCUGUUAUCUCUUACACAAUCCAGGGACAAGCCACACUAGUGGAUCACUGGUCAAAUCCCCAUUAUUUUACCGCUGCUUUCCCAACCUUAUUCCCUACCGGCAACGGCGGCCAUCUAGACGAGCGAGCUAUUCCGGUCUCUCUUGGGGCGUUUACCGAGUGGGCUUUGAGCCACUAUAGUAGAAGGUGCCUGCCCCCUACCGAUAAUGUCGUAACGGGCCAGAAAAUUAAAGAUCCGAUCAUCCGACGACUACUACGAAAUAUCGUGGCGAUCGGCAUGCAGGUCCCAGGAUCCUUUGCUCAGAAACUCAGAUUGCGCUCUGAAAUUCGAGGUCAGAUUAUCCGGUACGGCAUGCCUGCUUUUUGGAUCACUAUUAACCCCUCCGACCUACGGAACCCCCUCGUCCUAAUCCUAGCCGGUAUAGAGUAUUCUAGGGACAACCUUGCUACGGUUAAUGCCGCUAUCCGUGAGGCUACUACUACCUCUAACCCUACAGCUAUUGCGGAGUUCUUCCAUCACAUUGGUAUCCUUAGUGAGCUCUCGAAUCAUUUUGCUGUUAUCGAGAUAAACGGCCGAGUUCGCUAUCUAGAGUCGAUCAUUAUACAAGGCAUUAAUGAGACUAUUCUGCAUGACCCUAAAGUGAACAUUCCAAGUACGCCACUAUCGGCCCAAGAUUUCGAAUCCGAUAACGACUUUCAUCUUCGACUAUCAUAUAACAGCAAUUAUAUCGCUCGCAAAACGCAGGUCCAUUCGAAACACCACCUCGCCACAUACUUUAAAUACCGCUAG